GGCGCGUUGAGUGGCUCUUCGAAGAGAGCCGCCGUUCAUCGGAAAGCCACCGAUUGUUCUUUCUUGAAUCAUGAUAUUCAUAAUAUUUUUCGGGGUUCGUGCAUAGAUUGGAAUUCGGAAUGGGCUGGAUGUAUGCGCUCUAAGAUCUCGAUUUAUUGUCUUAAUUGAUGUUGAUACAUCCAAGAAUUGCUGCGGCUUGUGGGAUUUCAGCUGCGGUUUUGCGCAUUUCACUGCUCUGUGAAAGGUGAGGAAGGAUUAACAGAAGAAUCUUGACAACCGAAAACUUGUGAGACGGAUAACUUUUCAAGAUGAGGCUCUUGACCCACAACAUGCUUUCAUCAAACAUUAAGGGAGUAACCAAUGGCUUCCCCCUUGGCAUUGUGGUGGAGAAAGUAAUAGAGAAACCAGUGGAGAUGAAUCCCGACUUUCUCAAGAAUAUGUUCACCAAGAUCGAGUGGAAAGCUCUCGUGGAUGCAUCUCGGUCCAUGGGCUACGCGGAUCUUCCUGACCAAGCGGAUUCCUCAAUGCUUGACUCCGUCGAUUUUCUGCAGAGGUUUCAUCAUGCCCUUUUAGAGCUCCACCUUGAGGAAGGCACGUUGGUUUGCCCAGAGACUGGGAGGAAGUUUCCUGUCAACAAGGGAAUACCCAACAUGCUCCUUCAUGAAGAUGAGGUCUGAUUUUGGUUGGAUCGACUUGACUCUGUUGUGCCAUUUGUGAUUCAAGAUUUAGUGAAGUUAUGUUAGGUGGAGGUUAGUUAACCAUCUAUUACUUCGCUUGUUUGAGUAGAGACUAGGUGUUUUGUGGUUUGAUUGAUGCAAGAGGGUUUAAUAGCAGAAAAGGGCUUGCAAUGCAGUUCGGGUCGAUGUAAUUAUUGUUACAAUUUUUACCUGAUCUAGUCUUUAUGAGUUAUCUCUUGACAUUUGAGGUGUACUUUGCUCAUGUCAAUCUAUGAUUACUAGGUCCAGAUAGUGAUGUUAUCUCUCUUCA